GCAAAAAUAAUAAAGGACUGGCACAUCACAGAGUCAUAAGAACAGAUGCUCCAAAACUGUUGUUACAUGGGGGAUGCAAGUAACUAUUACCACAGACGUGUCUGGAGAGGUGACAGGUGCCUAUUAAAUGGUGAAAUCUGAGCUGAAAUCCGAGAGAUUUCUCAAUUUGAAAAGUUGCAGAAUGCUUAUAUUUUUAUGCAUAUUACAUUUUUUUUUCCAUUACAUGUGAAUGGGCUUCUGAAAACCUCAUGUAUUGCGCUGGCGAUUUGCUCAUUAUUCAGGUGAUCACUGCCACAUGUACACAGGACGAUUUAUGCAAACCAGUGUUUAUAUGAGCAGUUGUUACUGGAUAUUGCAGUAUAGAAGGUCUCCUAUUCGGGCAGGAUGGUCGGUCACGUGAUGCAGGAAGGGCUGAAAUUACUUGAAAUUGACUUGGAUUUCACAGUGACAAAUUACACCGUGGGGGCAGGACUACUCGCGGGUGGCGUAUGCUUAUUGUGGCUCAUCCAGUGGUUAUCACAAAGUCAACAAUCAGACCUUCCAUUACCUGAGACUCCAAGGCGGCCAAUACAGAAGAUUCCUCACAGGAGUAAGAAGAGGAAGAAGGUGCUGAGCAUGAAACAGAGGAUUCGCCAGGGGAAAAGAGAACCCUCCCAACAUCACCAAGAGUCCAUGCCUAGUCCUCUCCUCAGCCGCCCUUCUGAAUCAGAGACACCAGCUUUGCCCCCUGAAGUGAUUUACAUGCUGAAAAGUGUCCGCGUGCUGGGACAUUUUGAGCGACCUCUCUUCCUGUCAUUGUGUCAACACGUGGUGUCGGAGUAUUAUGAGCCCGGAGAUUUGGUCUUCUGCCCUGGACAGCCUGACUCCAGUAUUUACAUAGUCCUGGAAGGCAGACUGGAGCUCUCGCUUACUGAUCCAGACGGUACCAGACAUUACAUGAAGUCCAUAGUUCCUGGUGACAACGUCCACAGUCUUCUGAGUAUUCUGGAUGUUCUCACGGGUCAUCAGAGGCCUUACCGCACAGUGACAGCAAAGGCCAUUGAGAAAAGCACUGUACUGCGUCUUCCUGUUGAGGCUUUUUGUGCUGUCUUCAAGGAGUAUCCCCAAAGCCUCACCCGAACUGUUCAGAUCAUUGCCCUUCGUCUGCAAAGAGUCACAUUCCUUGCCCUGCAUCAUUAUCUGGGACUUACUAUUGAGCUCUUCCAGCAUGACCUGCAAGCUGAGUCAGGCACUACUCGGGCAGCACGACCUCGUCUUGCUAGAAGUAUGACUCAUUUUGAAGUAGAUUUAGAAAGUGCUGCAGUGGCAUCAUCAACUCGCCAGAGACCUCCAAUGCUGGGUAGUUGCAAAUCUUCUUCGAGAAGACCAGGUGUGAAUGGUUUUUGGCGGUCUCUGGACUGUGAACUGGAGCAAAGUCAUAUCCUACAGACAUCUACAUCUGAUGUGGAUCAAGACUGGGAGUCUGAGGAGAAGACAAAAAGACUAUUAGAGAAUGGAAAGAGACAGCUGGCCACACUGAUGAACCUUGAGGAUCCUUCUUUACUGGAAAAUAAGGUAUCUGUACAUCAUGUAAAAGCCGAGACCAUUAUUGCACAGAAAGGAGACCAGGAUGUUGGGCUCCACUACGUCCUGUCAGGCCGCCUCCAUGUUUAUCAAGGGGUCACAGGCCGAGAGGACUCUUGUAUCUUUGAGACAGCACCUGGUGAGAUGAUUGGACAGCUGACUGUUCUUACUGGAGAACCUUUGAUCUUCACGAUUAGAGCCGUCCAAGACACCUCCUUUCUAUGCUUGAGUCGCACUCACUUUUACCAGAUCCUUCGUUCUCAUCCCUAUGUUCUUCUCUCCGUGGCACAUUCUGUUGCUCGACGUGUCUCUCCAUUUGUGAGACAGGUGGAUUUCGCCAUUGAUUGGAUAGGGGUGGAGGCCGGUAAACAGCUUUACAGUAAAGGAGAUCCUUCAGAUUGUACCUAUAUUGCAUUGAAUGGUCGUCUUCGUUCAGUGAUCCAGCACGAGGGUGGCAAGAAAUGUGUGGUGGGGGAGUAUGGACGAGGGGAGCUGAUUGGUAUGGUUGAGGCUUUAACCCAUCAACCAAGAGCAACAUCAGUUCAUGCAGUGCGAGAUUCUGAAUUGGCAAAACUGCCAGAUGGUGCUUUGUCUUAUAUCAAAAGGAGAUACCCGCAGGUGGUCACCAGACUUAUUCAUAUUUUAAGCCACAAAAUCCUGGGAAACCUACAACAACCACAAGGCGAUCUCAGUGAUCCUGGUAACAUUAUCAAAAAUCUCAGCACUGUAUGCAUUCUACCCUGCAGCAACAAUGUCCCUCUCUCAGCAUUUACCCUGGAGCUCAAACAUGCAAUGAGUGCCAUAGGACCAACACUGGUUCUUACAAGUGACAUCAUCAGGGUGCGGCUUGGAGCCUAUGCUUUAGAAAGCACUCAUGAAUGUCAGUUGUCUACCUGGUUAGCUCAACAAGAAGACAAUCACCGUAUUGUCCUAUACCAGACUGAGUGUUCACUCACACCAUGGACCAUACGCUGCAUCCGUCAGGCUGACUGUAUUCUACUGGUGGGAUUAGGACAAGAAGAGCCAAACCUGGGGGAGCUAGAAAAGUUCCUUGAGAAUUCUCCUGUUAGAGCCCUCAAACAACUUGUUCUCCUCCACCGGAUGGAUGGCCCUUCUCCUACAGGGACAGUGGAAUGGCUGAAACUGAGGACUUGGGUCUCAGGACAUUUUCAUAUUCGAGGUCCAAAUAGGCUGUUCACCAAGAGAACUCCACAUAGAAUGCUGGAAUUCUACUCUAGAAUCCUGAAGAAAGAAGUUGACUAUCACAGUGACUUCUCACGACUUGCUCGUACUCUAACAGGAAAUGCCAUUGCUUUAGUAUUAGGUGGUGGUGGAGCCAGAGGAUUCGCUCAUGUAGGGAUCAUUAACGCUUUGGAAGAGGCAGGCAUUCCGGUGGACAUGGUAGGGGGAACGUCCAUGGGGGCCUUGGUUGGUGGUGUAUAUGCUGAAGAACUUGAUGGCAGUAAAACUAAAGAUAAAACCAGAAAAUGGGCACAGAUGAUGUCCUCUCUGCCCAGGACAGCCCUGGAUCUCACCUACCCAAUAACCUCAUUAUUAUCAGGUUCUAGGUUCAACACAACAUUGAUUCACCUCUUUGGGCAGCGGCAAAUCCAAGAUUUGUGGUUACCAUAUUUCUGCAUCACAACAGAUAUCAGUUCUUCGUCAAUGAGGGUUCACCGAGAAGGUAUGCUUUGGCGCUACAUUAGAGCUACUACCUCCUACAUGCCUUACCUUCCUCCUCUGUGCGAUCCAGUGGAUGAUCACCUUUUAGUGGAUGGAUGCUAUGUCAAUAAUCUUCCAGCGGAUGUGGCUCGUUCUAUGGGAGCACGUACAGUUCUUGCAGUUGAUGUUGGCCAGCAGGAAGAAUGGAAUACAUAUAAUUAUGGAGAUAGUCUGUCUGGUUGGUGGCUACUCUGGAACCGUAUAAAACCUUGGGGAGCAAAAGUGAAGAUCCCAGACAUGGCAGAGCUACAGUCCCGCUUGUCAUAUGUCACUUGUGUGCGACAGCUCCAGAUGGUGAAGCUCAGUGGUUACUGUGAGUAUCUGUGCCCUCCAGUGCAGCGCUUCACCACGUCAGAAUUUCGUCGCUUCCAGGAAAUAUGUAAUAUUGGAUAUGACUACGGAAAACUUAUAUUCACAGAGUGGCAUCGAGGAGACGUCAUUGAGAAGAUGCUGCAGGACCACAGUGCCCCCGAAUUAGACCAGCGUCAUGAGGGUGAUAUUGGCAUGGUCCCAGGCUUCACUGAUCUGGCUGAAAUGGUGUCUCGAAUUGAACCUUCCAGCAGUCGAUACAUUCACCAAGACCAACAACGGUCAGCUGAGCGAGAUCAUAUCAUGCGUUAUGCAGAGGAAUGCUUAGUAAGUGGAGAUAAACCUGAUACCAAGUACAGAAGAGAAGCCUGUGAGACAGAUGAAGAGAAGUCAUUAAGGAUGAACAAUGUUGUUGGCUCUGGUGUCCCUCAUUGAGCAGGGAGACAUGAAGUUAUAGAUAUUUAUCGAAACUAUCUGAAAGAAAAAUCUAGUCUUGUCGUGCAUAGCAACUUUAAUUUUUCCAGGGUAGUUUAAGAAAUAGAAGCUGAGCUCUGAUUGAUUGCUUUGGGCAACAAGGGCAGACUUUCUGUUAGUUAUUUUUUUUAAAUAAAUGAGGCAUGUCUUAUUUCUGUGACUGUUAAGAGCAAUUUCCACAAAAUGAAAAUAAAAUCCAGCAUGCCAAAAA